AUGGUGAGCACGGCCAGCCUGGAGCAAAGACUAAGUGUGAUUAAGCACAGCGUGACUGCAGCCGGUCACGCGGCGGGCUGGCCCCCGUUGCUGCUGCCCGAGCCCCAGCCUGUGGCUGUGGCGGUCGGCCCAGCCGGGAGGCUUCCCCCGACACCUGGGCCUUCCCUGCAGCCGGCCCCGCCCCCUGUCGCGCAGCAGGGACCGCCGGCCGCGGCGCGACCAGGGCUGCGCAGGCGGCGCCAGACCCGGGCCUCUCCGCCUUGCAGCACCGAGAGCCCAGUGCCGGGCAGCGGCCACCGGGCGAGGCUGCAGAGCUGGGCAGGUCCCGGGUCUCACCUCCUGUCCGGGUUGGCCCGCCUGCCCGCCGUCCCGGAUGCUGCCACACUCGGGGCUUCCGGCUCGGGCCGCGGCACCGCCUCCUCCAGCGCUCUCCAAUCGGCUCCAGCUGUCUGGCUGGCUAAAGUUGAGGAGGUGCGGGUGGUGGCAAAGACCCUCUUCUGGUGGGCGGCCGUCCGAGCCUGGCCGCUUCAGCCCUCCUCGAAGCUUCGCCCUGGUGCUUCUCUCGUGGCUCUGGUCCCCCAGCUGUUCCGCCCUGCGGAAAGCCCCGCAGCGUCGGGCAGUCAGCUGUUCCCCCGGCGCGCCUCUGGUAUCCCCCUUGGGUGUGCAUCGAGUGGAAAAGAGGCCGCCCCUCGCGUUCCUCGGGCCUGGCGGUCCGGGAAGCGUCGCGAGCAGGCCCUGGUGCCUCGGCUGCCGGCGAUGGACUCACACAGACAGCUAGAUCCGAGGCCCCGAGAGGCUCCGGUGACUGCUUGCCGCAGUGGGGCUGGCCGCAGCCCGUCGGAAACUCGGACAUUAACCAGACUUAACUCUAGUACCGCGGAGGAAUGCUGUGAAUUGCGGUGGUGUCAAUGGUGUGGGAAAAAUUGGAAUUUAAAUCUUGUUUGGGGCACCCUGACGCUGAGGCUCUUAGGAGACUGGUGUAGGGGGAUGGAUGUGAACUCGCGGAAAGCGCCGUUGGUUGCCGGCAUCGCCCAGAUCUGUGAUGUGGCAGAUCUGCGAGCUGGUGUAGCCCCCUUAGGGGAGUACCGACUCCUCGGGAGGAUGUCCCGGAGGGACGAGAUCAGGAAUGUAGCCUUAAUAGGACUUACUGAGGAGACAAGUCAUGCUCUGGUUCCUAAGGAGAUACCCGGAGGUAAAGGUGCCUGUAGAGUGCUCAUUAAGUCCCCUGACCCAGAUAGUGAAUUUUUAAGCAAAGCAAAUGAACUCUUAGAGGGGGAGGGCGUGACAUUGGGUAAGUUUACCAGAGCUCUUGCGUAUGGAAGACCGUUUGAUCUAGACUAGGAUGUGAUUCUAGGACUGCGGGCCCCUUUGUUGGCACAGGCAGUCCAUAAGGCUCUUCAGCCUGCUCUGCAACACCUGAAAUAGAAAAACAAAGUUUUCUCAGGUAGUGAUCCUCCAGAGCCAGAAGAAGUGUUUGAAUCCUGGCUGCUUCAUACUACUCAAAUGAUGAGGAUAUGAAAGAUGUAAGAUGUCGAAAAAACAAGGCGAUUGCUAGAGAGCUUCAGAGACCCAGCAGCCGGUAUCAUUUGACUCUUGCAGAUAAACAAUCCUUUUAUCACAACUCCUAUAUGCCUGCAGGCUCUGGAGUUGCAGGUCAAAUACCUGACCACUUACCAGAAGGAGGGAGAAAAUGCUUAGGUACUAAGGCUGGAGCGUUUACUACAGAAACUGGUAGAGAGAGGAGACUUGGUGAGCCCGGAGCAGGUCCUUGCUGAAGCAGUCCACAGAACACCAGCGCAGGCAGGCUUCUUAGAGUUACUGACCCUAAUAAAGGAUGAAGAGGCAGCUGAAGAGGAGGAGGAGGGUGCCCUCCUCCAGGCAGGACUUGAGGGACAUUUCACCUGAAUCUUGGGA